AUGGAUCAAGCGACGCGUAUUAGGAAACGAAAGGCAGAAACCCAAGACAAUGGACGACUCUCCAAACGAUUGAGCUUGCUUAAUCUCGAGAACAAUGGUCAGAAACUCUACGUUCCAGUUGAACAACCCAUCUUGAGCUCAGAUCUACCUGCCACCAGCUCCGCAACCACAACGAGUAAUUACAGAUCCACGAAAUCAAAAAAGAUAAAACAACAAGAUGCAGACGAUGUAAUGCAGCUAGAUGACUCCAAACACAAAGUCUACAUUUACAAUCUCGACGACGAGCUAUCUGACAGCGACGCCUCCGACGAUGGGCGGCUAGUAUUUCUCCCCGACAUUUCUAAACAUCUGCGAGGAACACGGAUACCACCCCAUAUACUAGCAAACAAGGAUGGAGAAUUGGCGGGUGUGAAUAAUCAGCUCAUCUUGUAUGAUACAGCAGUUCCAAGGAAUCAUAAUGUGCCUGAAGAACAGGAUUUAGUGCGGAAGGCAUUCUUGGACGCGAGGGAGAAGGCGAGAGCUAAGUGGGAUGAGAGGGCAAGGUUGGAGGGGAGAGGGGGAGAGAGAACGAUGGGCGAGGUUGUACCAGAUGGCGCAUCUGCUAAUAGUGUGAGUGAAGAGGAUGCUGGCGUAGAAGAUAUGAUAGUGGAAGAUGAUCCUGAUGCUAUGGACCUCGGAUAG